AUGGCACGAAAAUCAAAGAAAUUGAAGAACAACAACAGCAACUCAAGUUCAGAGAAUGGUGCUGACCCGGAUUAUAAUCCGAAGUGGUUCCAAAUGCAAUCAGAACCAAACAAUCUUCCUCCUUUUAAUGGAAACCACAUCAUGAUUAUAAAGAUGGAGGCUAAAGGCCUUGAAAUUUCGGAGGGCACAUCCACAAUGAGGCGAAAACGCGUCUGCCCUUCAACAAAGAGGGACUGGGGACAAGGAGGGCUGCAAAAUAUCGAAUGCCCGAGUAGUACAAUCAUAAAAAAUGAAGGAGCUUCAUUGAAUAUUUUUCAGAGCUUUACUGUUAGAAGAAAGAGAAAUGCAAGAAAUAAGAAUGAUCAAGGGAAUCCAAGUUCUACCUCUAGCACAAAGAUGGAGCCAGAAAAUGAGAGUGACCAAGGGACUCAAAGCUGCACCAGAAAUUCAGAAAGUGAGAGUAGCCAAGGGGAGAUAAAAGGAACAAUACUGUCAUGGCUAAUCGACACGAAAACAAUUCAAGAAAACACAAAGGUUGUUUAUACUGAUCCAACUCGCGGGCAGACUAUAAAGGAGGGUAUGAUCACAAGGGAAGGCAUAUUAUGCAGUUGUUGUGAUGAGGUUUUCACCGCACUGGACUUUCAGGCUCAUGCUGGAAAGAAGCUUAGAAAACCGUAUGAAAACAUCUUCAUUGCUGAAAUGGGUGUUUCCCUAUUGUCUUGUUUGAUUGAAGCUUGGAAUAUGCUUGAAGAAUCUCUAAGUCAUGGACUAUUUAAUGUCAUUCAAAGUGAAGGAGAAGCUGGUGACUCAUAUGAUGAUGCUUGUGUGAUAUGUGCAGAUGGAGGGAAUUUGAUGUGUUGUGAUGAAUGCAAUUCAACUUACCAUCAUGCAUGUAUGGGCAUGGAGGUGGUUCCUGAAGGUUGUUGGUAUUGUCCAUACUGCGUUUGCAAGUUUUGUGGUGAUUCGGUUCAUGACAACGAUUAUUUGUUAACAUGCUCUCAGUGCGAGAAGAGAUAUCACUGGGAGUGUUAUCAAAAGAGAGAACAUAUAACCAUUGAUGUUAAUGCAACUCCACGCCCCCCAUUUUGUGAGCAGAGCUGCUGUCAAGUGUUUGAGAAACUGGAGCAAAUGGUUGGAGCAAAAAAUGCACUGGAUGAAGGAUACACUUGGACUUUACUGCAGCGAAUAGAUAAAGGCUUUGGCAUAUUUGUACAUGAUUUACACAAAAGAGCUGAAUGCCACUCCAAGCUUGCAUUGGCAUGGUGUGUAAUGGAGGAAUGUUUUGAGCCUAUCAUAGACAGGCACACAAAAAUAAACAUGAUUCAGAGUGUUGUCUCUAAUUGUGGGAUUCAUGGGACCAAGCUCGCGGAGAUGCCGUUCAUUGCAACCCAUGAUAUCUAUAGGCGCAAAGGGAUGUGCAAAAAACUAAUGGUUGCUAUUGAAUCUGCUCUUUGCUACCUUAGAGUCGAAAAUCUGGUCAUUCCAUCCAUCCAAGAAAGAAUUGGUGACUGGAUUGACAGAUAUGGUUUUAGUCCAAUUGAUGCCAUACUGAGGAAAGAAAUAAUGGGCCGCAACACAUUGAUGUUCCAUGACUCAGCCAGAUUACAGAAGACAUUAAUGCCACCUGAUAUCAAUCAACCAAAGAGGAAAAUCAGUGAAGCUAAGAAGGUCAAGGAGGAAGAGAAGAAUGAUUGUGAAAAUGGAAAGAGGUCUGAGGAUAAAUCCACAGUUCCAGCACUUUUUGACUUGAAUCUUGAACCUCCUGAGUAG